AUGGGUCUUGGGGAGUCGUCCUUAGCGCGACCCCAAUACGGCAACAAUGCCAAUGAGCAGGUAUACACUGACUUGUUGACCUUCUGCUUCCGCGGCCCUGUGCCCUACGACGAAGAAAGGCCGUUGUUCAUCGAUGCAGAGGACCCCUCGCGUUCUCUCAGUGCUCGACAAUUUAGAACCCUCGUGCGAACCCUUAUUGCCGGAUUGAAAGCCCACCAUGUGCAGAGGGGCGAUUGUGUGCUGGUCCACAUGGGCAACAGUAUCAUAUACCCCGCACUGUUCUUCAGCGUAAUCGGCGCCGGCGGCGUGUUCAUGGGAUCUAAUGCACGCAGUCAGCCGCAGGAGCUAGAGCACCUCGUCACGCUAGCUGAGCCCAAGCUAAUCAUUACGAACCGCGAAGCGCUCCCGGCGGUCCUCAAUGUCUCCACAAGCAAGGGCAUGCUCCCCAGCCAGGUCUGCCUACUGGACGAAUCCGCAACAGAGCACAUCGCACAGCUACUCGGAUCUGGAGCAGCUCCGUACAUCGACAGUGGAGCUGAGAGCUACCUGAAUUUUGAGCAUCUCCUGGGUUACGGUGAGAACGAAUGGAUUACGUUUAACGAUGAGACGAUUGCAAAGUCAACGCCGGCGGCGAUGUUCUCCACCAGCGGCACCGGAGGACUACCGAAAGCUGCGAUCUUGUCGCAUCACGCGAUUGUGUGUCAGCACCUCACAAUCUCGUACGAUGUGCCCUACGCGGUCAGCCGGUUGAUGUCGCUUCCCAUGUUUCACCUCUUCGGUGCUCUCUGGACGCACAUUUUCCCGGUCCGCUAUGGUCAGCCGCUGUAUGUUCUGUCCCGUUUCGAUAUCAGCAAAUUUGUUGCGGCUGUGUAUCAAUACCAGAUUACUGAAACCUACAUGGUACCUGCCAUGAUUCAUGCUUUCAACCGCUGCACAUUACCAGUUGCCGACUAUUUUGGGUCCCUACGCUACGUUGGCGUUGCUGGCGCGCCGAUCGAUGGAGCAUCAAUGCAGCAGUUUCGCGAAUACCUACCGCUCGAUGCCUAUGCCUCUCAGCUUUGGGGCAUGACCGAGGUAGGGGUUGUUUUCCAAAACCGCUACGGCGAGCUAGGAAAUGCCGCCAGUAUCGGCAGUCUUCAACCGGGAUACGAAAUCCGCCUUGUCGGUGCUGAUGGGAACCUAGUUGCGGGCGACAACAAGCCCGGGGAGCUGUACGUGCGUGGUGCGGGCUUGCUUACGUGCUACCGGGGCCGUGACGAUGCCAAAGAUUCCCAGGGUUGGUUCCGCACCGGAGACGUGGCAUACGUCAACAACGGGCUUUACUACAUCGUUGGCCGAACCAAGGAGCUCAUCAAGGUCCGCGGAUGGCAAGUCGCCCCGGCAGAGCUCGAAUCCAUUCUCCUCAAACACCCCGGUAUUGAAGACGCCGCCGUAACCGGCGUAACCUCCAAGGACGGUAGCACAGAAGUUCCCCGCGCUUUCGUCGUCCGAUCCAAGACACUAUCUGGAACGCGCCUGACUUCGGAGGAAGUCUACCUCUUUUGCCGUCGCCAAUUGGCUUCCUACAAAGCCCUCGAUGGGGGCAUCAUCUUUGUCGAAGAAAUCCCACGUACAGCGAGCGGAAAGAUCCAGCGCUUCAAGCUCACCCAGAUGAACACGUACCGGGAGAUUGUCAGUUCCUUGCUCGCACGGUUUCGCGGCGCGAGCCUGCAGAGUGUGGGAAUUAUGCAUGGAGGGCGUAUUGCAGUUUGA